AUGAUCAGCUCGCAGCGUUUGUUCGAACCCAUCACUGUUGGGUCCUCCCGACUCCAACACCGCGUCGUCAUGGCGCCCCUUACGCGUUUCCGGGCAGAUGACAACCACGUCCCCACUGAGCCCAUGGUCCAAUAUUAUGCACAGCGCGCUUCCGAGCCCGGAACUCUUCUCCUCUCAGAAGCGACGUUUAUUAGCCCGCGCUCGGCAGGCUACGCCAACAUUCCGGGGCUGUGGACGGCGGAACAGCUCGAUGCAUGGAAGAAGGUGACGGACGCCGUGCAUGCCAAGGGCAGCAAGAUCUGGGUGCAGCUUUGGGCUCUCGGGCGUGCAGCCGAGCCGGGGAUCGGCGGUGCCUCCGGCGGUGCGCUGUACGAGGAGAACUUCACGGACAUUGUGAGCGCCAGCGACAUCCCCAUGCAAGAGGGCCUGCCGAAGCCGAGGCCUUUGAACGAAGACGACAUCUGGGGCUAUGUGGAGGACUAUGCAAGGGCUGCUAAGAAUGCUGUCGAAAGAGCUGGCUUUGAUGGUGUCGAAAUCCAUGGCGCCAAUGGAUAUCUCAUCGACCAGUUCAUCCAGGAUGUUUCCAACAAGCGCACCGACAAAUGGGGCGGCAGUGUUGAGAACCGCGCCCGUUUUGCCAUUGAAAUCGCAAAGGCCGUUAAAAAAGCCGUCGGCCCCGAGAGGGUUGGAAUGCGUCUGAGCCCCUUCAGCACAUUCCAAAGCAUGCGCAUGGAGGACCCAGUGCCGCAGUUCACCACUGUGAUCACGGCGCUCCGCAACAUCGGCAUCGCAUACAUCCAUCUGGUCGAGUCUCGCAUUUCUGGCAACGUAGAGAACGACAAUGCCGCCGAAACUCUCGACUUUGCACUGGAAGCUUGGGGAAAGCAGAAGCCAAUUCUGCUUGCUGGAGGAUUCAAGCCCGAGUCCGCGAAGCAGGCGGUUGCCGAGUAUUCCGAUUACAACAUUGCUAUCGUGUUCGGACGUCUCUUCAUUUCGACUCCCGACCUGGUGUACCGCAUGCGCAAGGGCAUUAAGCCGAACGCGUAUGACAGGACAACGUUCUACCGCCUGAAGGAGAGGCCGUUGGAGCCCGGCUACAUCGACUAUCCGUUUUCUUCUGAGUUUCUCGUCGAGGCGGCUAAGAACUAA